AUGGGCAUGAAAGAGAGAGUAGGUGUUCUUAUUCUGUACGUUGCACUGGUUUAUCAUGUGGGUGCUGCCAAGAAAGUAAUGCCAGUUGCUGGUCCUGAUAUCUACAAGAAUAAAAACUUAGAUCAGGAUAUACUUCUUCCAGGGGAAAAGAUAAACAAUGUCAUAAGCUUUGGGGCCAAAGCUGAUGGCAAGUUUGACUGCACUCAGGCUUUCAUGGAUGCAUGGCGAGCAACUUGCCACUCCAAAGUUCAAGCCAGGCUUCUGGUUCCAGAGGGAACAUUUGUGCUUUCUUCCAUGUUUUUCGCAGGUCCAUGUUCUACUCCAGAGCCCGUAACGAUCCAAGUUGUAGGCACCAUUGCUGCUACAACAGAUCUCAGUGAAUAUGAGAAUAACGAAUGGCUUUUUUUUGAGGACAUGGAUGGUAUAAAAAUCAUCGGUGGUGGUACUUUUGAUGGUGUCGGUAAGGAAUCAUGGAAAACGGCUACCGACUGUAAAGCAGACCCCAGCGCAACCUGCAUCAGAAACCCUUCUAGUAUAUAUUUCCACAGAAUUAAGAAUGGAAUUAUACAGAACGUUACAUCCACAAACCCCAAAGGCUUUCACAUAUUUGUGACUAAUUGUGCUAACAUCAGACUCCGACGACUAAACCUCAGUGCACCAGAAGAAAGCCCUAACACCGAUGGAAUUCAUAUUAGCCAGUCAAUCGAUGUUGAAGUAGCCAGAAAUACCAUUGAAACUGGAGAUGAUUGUAUUGCCAUGUUACACGGAUCCCACCAAGUUUCCAUCGACAAUGUGAGUUGUGGUCCUGGACAUGGUAUAAGUAUUGGUAGUCUUGGAAAGGUCGAGGAAGAGCUAGAAGUGAAAGACAUUCAAGUGAAGAACGUGUCGAUGGUUGGUACAGAAAAUGGCGUGAGAAUCAAGACAUGGCCAGAUCGAUAUGCUGUCAAUGCAUCAAACAUCACCUUCAGUGACAUCAGCAUGCAAAAUGUUAAAAACCCUAUCGUCAUUGACCAAGAAUAUCAGUGCUCUUCAAAAUGCAAGGCUUCACUUGUAAAGAUAAAAGAUGUUGUUUUUUCUAAUAUAAAGGGAACCACUACUUCACCAAUUGCAGUGGAUUUAAGGUGUAGCAGCAAGUUCCCUUGUGAAAGUAUUAAACUUGAGAACAUAGGCCUGUCGCUUAAUUCCAAGCCGACCGGAUCUAGAUGUGCAAACAUUAAACCAAUUUACAAGGGCUUGCAAAAUCCACCAGGUUGUCUAUAA